AUGAACGAUGAAAAUGAAGAAGCUAAUGCCGAAUUGAAGACCCAGAAAGACCAAGACGACGUUUCCGUUGGUAGCUUGCAAUUUCAAGAGUUUGGAAAUGGAAAUCCGGCGACAACUAUACCAUUAGAUGCUGGAGAAAUUGGAGAUGCAGGUCUCCAAACAAAUCGUGGGGUGCCCAUUUCAUUUGAUAGCGCUGAUGAACAAGAGGAUACAGCCUCAAAUUUAUUGACUAAUAAACGAAAGAAAAAUAUGCCCAUGUGGACCUUCGAUUACUAUAUGCAAUUCUUCGACAUAACCACAACUCAGGUUUUACAGAGAAUUACCGGAUCUGUUAUUCCAUCGUUUCAAGGAAAUUAUUUAAGAAAAUAUAUACGAAGUAACCCUGAUUUUUAUGGUCCUUUUUGGAUAUGUGCAACACUAGUAUUCACUACUGCUAUCAGUGGCAAUCUAGCUGAUUACAUCACCCAUGCUGGAGAUCAUCAAUGGACAUAUGACUUUCAUAAAGUUACUGCAGCUGCUGGCGCAAUUUAUGUCUACGCUUGGCUUUUACCAGUUUUGUUGUGGGGUUUACUCUGGUGGAGGCACGACACUGUUGGAGCGAAUAUAACAGAAGUUGUUUGUAUUUAUGGCUAUUCAUUGUCCAUUUACGUGCCGGUGUCGAUUUUAUGGGCUAUUCCGUUCGAAUGGUUAAGAUGGAUAUUAGUUAUUCUAGCAGCUGUCUCAUCAGGACUAGUGCUUGUAUUUACGAUUUGGCCUCUUUUGAAACACGAAAAUCGCCAAAUGGCUACUCUAAUUUCUCUAAUCGUCCUGGCUUUACACGCUUUACUGGCUAUCGGCUUCAAGGUAUAUUUCUUUGGCUCCGUCGGGAAAGCUGUUUUAAAUAGCACUUCUAUUGCAAGUCCUUCUACAUGGACUACUCUGACGCCUAUGACGCUUUAG